AUGGAGCCGGCAGCCGCUGGGAAAGGCUCGUCCGCGGAUGGCCAAGCGGCCGGCGGGGCGCAGGAGGCCGGGACGCCGCAGCGCUGGGAGGAAGCCAAGACUUUCUAUGACAGCCUGACCCCUAAAAAGAAACCCAAACCACCAAAGCCUGAGAACGCAAUAACAAUCGCAGUGUCCUCGCGGGCUCUCUUCCGCAUGGAGGAAGAGCAGAAGAUUUACACAGAGCAAGGGGUGGAGGCAUAUGUGAAAUACCAGCUGGACCAUGAGAAUGAACCCUUCCUACCCGGCGCUGCCUUCCCAUUUGCCAAGGCCCUUGAAGCUGUCAACACUCAGUUGCGAGAGCUCUACCCCGACAGCGAAGAACUCUUUGAUAUUGUCCUCAUGACCAAUAACCACGCCCAGGUCGGAGUCCGCCUGAUCAACAGCAUCAAUCAUCACAAUCUGUUCAUCGAGAGGUUCUGCAUGACGGGAGGGAACAGCCCCACUUGCUACCUGAAGGCCUAUCACACCAACCUGUACCUCUCCUCUGACGCCGAGAAAGUGAGUGAGGCCAUUGAAGAGGGAAUCGCCGCGGCCACCGUGUUCAGCCCCAGCAAAGACGUGAAAGUGUCGGAGAACCAGCUGCGGGUGGCGUUUGACGGGGACGCCGUCCUCUUCUCGGACGAGUCAGAGCAGAUUGUGAAGGCGCACGGCCUCGACAUGUUCUUUGAACACGAAAAGGCUUAUGAGAACAAGCCGCUGGCCCAGGGGCCGCUGAAAGGCUUUCUGGAAUCCCUGGGGAAGCUGCAGAAGAAGUUCUACUCCAAGGGUCUGAGACUGGAGUGUCCGAUUCGCACCUACCUGGUCACUGCCCGGAGCGCUGCCAGCUCUGGGGCUCGUGCCCUAAAGACUCUCCGCAGCUGGGGACUAGAAACCGACGAAGCCCUGUUCCUGGCCGGGGCCCCCAAGGGGCCGCUGCUGGAGAAGAUCCGUCCGCACAUCUUCUUCGACGACCAGAUGUUCCACGUGGAGGGGGCGAAGGAGAGUGGCACCAUCGCGGCCCACGUCCCGUACGGCGUAGCACAGAAGCAGAGGCGGAUGGCGCAAGAGAAACAAACCAAGAACAGCAAGUAG